AUGACCGUCACAUAUGAGCCUCCCUCCCGGGGGACGCACACAUCAAUGGCGAGCCUCGAAGACCGCUUUCAAGUGUUGAAGGAGGUGGGCGAUGGCAGCUUCGGAAGCGUCGCCCUGGCCCGGGUACGGACGGCGGGUGCUCACAUCGCGCGACGAGGGACGAUGGUCGCGAUCAAAACAAUGAAGAAGACGUUCGACUCACUCGGCCCCUGUCUAGAGCUUCGCGAGGUCAUCUUCCUGCGCACCCUCCCUGUGCACCCACACCUCGUUCCCGCGCUCGACAUCUUCCUCGACCCUCUCACCCGCAAGCUACACAUCUGCAUGGAGUACAUGGACGGCAACCUGUAUCAAUUGAUGAAGGCCCGCGACCACAAGUAUUUCGAAGGCAAGCACGUCAAGAGUAUCUUGUACCAGAUCCUGUCUGGCUUAGAUCAUAUCCAUGCCCAUCACUUCUUCCACCGCGACAUCAAGCCAGAGAACAUCCUGGUGUCAACCUCCGCCCCCAAUGACUCGCCCUUCAGCCGCUAUUCGAACCUCGUCACGCCUCCCUCCACCCCUCCCACCUACACCGUGAAGAUCGCCGACUUUGGUCUUGCGCGGGAGACGCACUCCAAGCACCCCUACACCACCUACGUCUCGACCCGCUGGUAUCGGGCCCCCGAAGUACUUCUGCGUGCAGGGGUGUACUCCGCCCCCGUGGAUAUGUGGGCUGUCGGUGCCAUGGCCGUGGAAAUCGCUACGCUAAAGCCGCUGUUCCCUGGAGGCAAUGAGGUCGACCAAGUAUGGCGAGUUUGUGAAAUUAUGGGCAGCCCUGGAAACUGGUACAGCAAGUCGGGUGCCAAGAUUGGCGGUGGUGAGUGGCGCGAGGGAUCGCGACUUGCCCACAAGCUGGGCUUCACGUUCCCCAAGAUGGCGCCGCAUGCGAUGGAUACCGUGCUCCAGCAGCCCCAAUGGCCCGCUGCGCUCGCGGAGUUUGUUACUUGGUGUCUCAUGUGGGAUCCGAAGAACCGCCCGACCUCGACCCAGGCAUUGAACCAUGAGUACUUUGCCGAUGCGGUCGAUCCUGUGCGACCCAAGUCCUCUACCUCCUCGCGCCUGCUGGGCCGCAAGCCGUCCGACAGGAGCUUCAAGUCUCCCACCCUCACCCCCAGCGACUCCCCCACUCUUUCCUCCAAGCCUUCUUGGUUCCGUCGGUCGUUGAUUGGCCGCUCCGAGAGCCCUGUUCUGACGGUGGAUGGCGACAGCCCUGCCCGACCCCCUGCGGUCUCGUAUAACACUGUUCCCGAAAUCCAGCCUGCCAAGGCCCGACCAGCGAACACCAAGCGGGCGACCUGGGCCAACGGUGCCCCAAUGCCCAUUCUUCCUUCGAUUCGCCCCGUUUCUCCUCUCUCAAACUCUGUGACCGCGCAAGCUAACGCGACGGUGGCUCACGGCGACACAUUAAAGCCGCCCGAGGCUGACCAGAGCAAGACCAAGAAGAUUGGUCGUCAAUUGUCUGUCAACUCGAACGGAAAUCACUACUCUGAGGUUCACCGGCAAGAGGCGGAGCGGAUCCUCAAUGGCUCUGGCAACGUCACCCCCACUACGAAGGAGAGCUUCUUCUCGCACCUGCGCAAGCGUGCCCGCCGACUCUCAGGACGGAAUGCGGCCAUUCCCGCAGAGGAUAUUGAAGCCAAUGCCGGCUGCAUUCCCUGGUCGAACCGUUCCUCAAUGGCUCUUGAUGGAGCGAAUCCGAGCGAACCCAAGCCGCACUCCGACUUGAGUGAGCUCGACAAGGCUCUCCAGAGCGUCAAGUACUCGCUGGACACCUCCACUCUCAGCAAUGUGCCUGUGCAUCUGACGCAUAGCGCCGAGAAUCUGACCAAGCGGCAGUCCAUGCCUACCAGCAAUCCCGGCCCGAUCUCCAGCCGGACACGCCGCGCACUCCAGAUGACCGGCCACCCGGUUCACCGCUACGAAACACCGGAGGAAGAGGAUGAGCUGUUGGACGAGGUGCUGCACUCUGCCAGCAAGGCUGCCAAACGCCUUGCGCAGACCCAGGCCCUAGCUUCCCACUCUCCCAACGUGACCCACCGACAGACCGACAACUCGCGUGCUCUUCCCAGCCCCUAUCCCACCCCCUCGCCCACGGCCAAGGCAGAAGGCUACUUCGAGACGCCCGUCAAGCAGAAUGGGGCCAAGGUCGACAACGCAAACUCCAACCGCCAGUGGCCGACGCCUCCCUACGAGGAGGCUGAGUGGAACAACAAGGCAUCCACACUCCACUUUCCCUCCGGAUCCAACUAUAUCUAA